AUGUCACCCCAACGGCCAAGACAACACGGCUCGCAGACCGCCGUGACGCCGUCGUUUUCGCAGCCCGGCGAGAAUGGAACGCGGUCCAUGUCCUUCUCGGCGUCGAGAGUAAGCUCCAACCGACUAAAGGAAUACCUUGACUCCAAUUACCCUGGCCAAUACUCUGUUAAGCUGAAACGCAACGAGUUCACUGUCAACAUACAAGGCAAAUCGAGUCGAAAUACCUGA